AUGAACUCGAGUUCAAAAAGCCGAAGGACUUUCGGUUUCAUUCUCGACAUCUCCGUCUUCUCUCUCGUGUCGAUUCUCGUAGUCUCUCUUGAAUCUCGUCGUCUCUCUCGUCUCGAAUCUCGUCGUCACGCUUGUGCUCUUGUCAAAGCUAACAAUCGUGAACAUGUUGUUGAAGUCAUUCAAGGUUCUGUCGAAGAUAUCUCUUUGCCUGAGAAAGUUGAUGUGAUUAUCUCGGAGUGGAUGGGAUACUUUCUUCUGCGUGAGUCCAUGUUUGAUUCUGUGAUUUGUGCUCGUGACCGUUGGUUGAAGCCCACCGGUGUCAUGUAUCCUAGUCAUGCUCGCAUGUGGUUUGCACCUAUCAAAUCCAACAUGGCAGAUCGGAAGAAGAAUGACUUGGAUGGGGCAAUGGUUCAUUGGGAUAACUUUUCAGAUGAGAUCAAAACCUACUACGGCGUUGAUCUGAGCGUUUUAACAAAGCCUUUUGCUGAAGAGCAAGAAAAGUAUUAUAUACAUACGGGAAUGUGGAAUGACUUGAAUCCACUUCAAGUGAUAGGCACACCUACAAUUGUCAAAGAUAUGGAUUGUUUGACAGCUACCUUAAGUGAGAUCUAGGAAGUCAGAUGUAAUGUAACGUCAGUCAUCAAUGGACAGAACACAAGGCUAUGUGGUUUUGGUGGAUGGUUUGAUGUUCACUUCCGGAUUAGUUCAUUUACAUAUUCUUUGUGUUGGCGUCACAUUAUGUGUUGUUUUGGUGGAUGGUUGGAUGCUUUUAUUUUAAAUCAUUCUAGUUUUAGAGGAGGAAAAAACUAAUUGCACUAACUAAGGUUCUUAAAUGUUCAAAUCAUCUGAUUAACUAUUAAUUUUAUCUUAAGAGUCCAUUUAAGGUUCUAAUUGAUGGAGGUGCUCUUAGUCCAUAAAUAACAUAUCGUAACCUACUACUCUGUUCGCCAUGUCCGAACUUUCCAAGUCUAAUACAAGAAGUGUAAGAACAUGUUUAUUGCAGGUCUCUUAGGUUGGGGUUCUUAACGUAAUAUAAGAUACAAUAUCUUAGUUUUUAACUAAAAAAAGUAAUUAACAGACGUUUUUUAUAUCUCUUAUUUAAGAGACGUUUCUUAGUUUUUUUAGUUAAAAGCUAAGAAAUCAUAUCUUAUAUUACGCUAAGAACCUCAAUCUAAGAAUCUGCAAUAAACAUGUUCUAAUAAAAGGAAGUAGUCUUCACUCUAAAAGUCAACUAACUUUUUCAAUGUCAACUCGUCUAAUAUUAAGACAAAAUACAGCUGGUGGUUACAACCAAACUCGAAAUGGAAUAAACAUAUUUGUUGUGACUUUGCGAUUUUUUAAUAC